AUGGACACCGGGUCGCGGGAUCAGACGGACGCCGAGUCGCGGGAUCAGAUGCAGGCGCGCCACCGGCGAGAGCUCAAAGACCUCCAAGCGCGCAUCACCAGCAAAAAGAAGAACGCGACCAAGAAGACGCGCAAGAGCGUCAGCGACGAAUGCGCAGACAUGGAGCGCCGUCUGCGAGAAGCGCAGGCCGCGCAGGCCGCGGCGCUGGACCGCCCGCCCCGGCAGCAGGGAGAGCCCGACGCCGACGCCGCGCCGCCCGCGGAGCCGAGCUCGCUGAAAAGGCUGGAAGACAAGGUCGAGGAGACACUGGAGCGAGCCGCAGGGAAGCUGGGCCUGGCACCCGCGCCGGAGCAGUCGCAGCCGCAGCCGCAGCAGCAGCAGGCGGGCAAGAAGCGCAACCGGCAGCGGGAGCGCCUGGCCCGCCGGGCGGCCGAGCAGGAGGCCGCGGCGCAGAGGGCCGAGGAGGAGGCCGCGGGCAUGACGGACCACCGGGCCCGCGAGAGCGAGUACAUGCGCAAGAUGUUCGCGACGUACCGCCUGGUGGAGAGGGACGUGGAGCCCGACGGCCACUGCCUGUUCUCGGCGGUGGCGGACCAGCUGGCGCACAGCGGCGUGCCCGUCGGCGAGGCGGGGGAGCCGCCGUACCGGGCGGUGCGCAGGGCCGCGGCGGCGUUUAUGCGCGACCACGCGGGCGACUUUGCGCCGUUCCUGGAGGGCGACCUGGAGGCGUACGCGGCGAGGAUCCGGGACACGGCCGAGUGGGGGGGCCAGCUGGAGCUGGCGGCGCUGGCGAGGGUGUACGGCGCCGAGAUCCGCGUCAUCCAGGACGGGAGGAUGGAGCGCAUCGGCGAGGAGGAGGGCAGGGCGACGGGCAGGAUGAUGUGGCUGGCCUACUACAGGCACGGCUAUGGGCUGGGGGAGCAUUACAACUCGCUCAGGAAGAAGUCGUGA